AUGAUAACUCUUGAUAUUUAUUCUCUUCAAAUUGUUACUCAAUACCUAACAAGUAAAUAUGAUUUUAUAAAUAUUAUUCAAACUACUAAAAAAUACAUGUUUAUUUUAGAUAGAUUUAGAAUAAAUCCAAUUAGAAUUACAUCAUUUGUAAAGAAUUUAUUUCAUUUUUUAGAUACUCAAAUUGUUUAUUAUGAAAAUGAUUAUAUUAUGCAAAGGGUUGUUAGAUUAAUUAUUCAAUAUCCUGUUUCUUAUUCAAACAUAGCUUCAAUAACAAAACAAUAUAAAGAUGUAACUUGUAUUUUCAAGAAUAUAGUUUUAGACUCUCUUAAUGGUUGUAAUAAAAAAAUAAUUCCUAAAGAAGUUAGUAUUCUUGGAGAUAGUUGUUUUGAAGGAGAAAGGAUUAAGGUAAUAACAAUACCAAACACAAUAAAAGAGAUUAGAACAUCUUGUUUUUCUGAAUGUGGAAUUAGGAGUAUAAAGAUUCCAAAUUCUGUUACACAAAUAAAAUCAUUUGCUUUUUCAAAUUGUAGGUCUUUAACAAAAGUUGAAUUACCUUCAUUUCUUACUUCAAUUGAAAAUAAUGUUUUUAAAGGAUGUGUUAAAUUAAAAGAAAUUGAUAUUCCUAAUUCAGUUAGCUCUCUUAGAAAUGGAUGUUUUUCUGAAAGUGGUAUAAGAAUGUUUGAGAUUACUUCACAAUUUCAAUUUAUUGAUGAAAAUAUUUUUUGUAUGUCUUUAUUAAGAAAAAUAUCAUUUACUGGAGUGAAACAAAUUCCUAAUGGAAUAUGUAGUGGAUGUUUUCAUCUUACUAGUGUUAUAAUGGAUGAUGUAGUAGAAUGUAUUUUUGAUUGUGCAUUUGAACAAUGUAUUGAACUUAAAAAUAUUAAUUUUUCAUCUAAUUUAAAAUUUAUAGGAAAUAGUGCAUUUUUUGGAUGUGCAUUUAAUAAAAUUAUUCUUCCAGAUAAUUUAGAAUUUAUAGGUGAGUUAUGUUUUGCAAAUUGUAAGAAUUUAACUGAACUACGAGUUUUAUCAAAACAAUGUAUCAUUGGAGAUAGAGUCUUUUUCUCAGACAUUAAAUUAAAAGUACUUGAACUUCCAUUAAAAGAUGGGAAAUAUACUUUUCCAGUAAGUAAAGAUGAAAAGAAAAUAUUUAAAAGAAAUGGAAUAGAAUGUAUUAAUAUUCUACUUGAUCAAGAAUAUGUUGAACCAAUUGAAUUAUUAAAUACAAAUAAACAAAUUAGAAAUAUUCAAGAGUUUGGAGAGUCUAUGUCAACAUCUAUUUGUAUUUUAAAUUCUGCAUAUAGACUUGAUGGUAAUUUAUUGAGUUCAUGUUAUUGUGAAGAAAUGAUUUUUCCAAAAGGAAUUAUUAAAAUUGAUGAUAGUUAUAUACCAUCACCAAAUCUUACUAAGAUUGUAUUACCAGAAUGUAUUGAAGUUUUACAUCAAGAACAAAUUGGUUAUUUAAAAGGGCUUAAGAUUAUUGAAAUUCCUACUUCUGUUACUAGAAUAGAAAAAUGGUGUUUUAAUGCAUUAGAUAAAUUGGAGUCAUUACAAAUUCCUUCUUCUGUUAAAAUACUUAAAAAUGAUUUUAUUAUUGAUUGUUCUUCAUUAACUGAAUUAAAUUGGAAUAAUAAAGAACCUAUUAUGAAAGAAUCAUUUAAUUAUUUAAUAUAUACUCAACUAAAAAAAUCAAAUAUUCAUUUCACAAAAUUUAAUUUAAAUGGUUUAGAUGGAAUUGAUCCACUUCAUUUCACUAUUACUGAACCUAUUGUAUUUCAACAAGAUGAUUUUAAUGAACAAAUUUCUAAAUUUACAAUACUCCCAAAUAAUCUAAUAGAAAUUAAUGGAUCAAAUACAAUAAAUGAAACUUUAACUUCAAUUACAAUCCCUUCUUCUGUUACUUCAAUAGGUAAAUAUGCUUUUGUUGAUUUUAUAAAUUUGAAGGAGAUAUAUUUACCUGAAAAUGAAAUAGAAUUUGAUGACUGUAUGUUCAAAGGAUGUACUUCACUUAGUGUUAUUAAGUCAAAAAACCCAAAAAAUCUUCAAAUAAACUUUCACAGUGAAAUUAUAAACAUAUUAAAAGAUUUUGGAUAUAAUUUUCAAUAUAAUAAAAGGGUUAUUAAAAACUAUCAUCCAUCUAAUUAUUAUGAAGAAAAUUAUUCAAUACAAAACUUUUGUUUAACUAAUGUACAAUCAAUUGAUAAUGAAGCCUUUUUUUAUUUCACUACUAUUACUCAUAUAUCUUUUUCUAAUGAAUUAAUAUCAAUUGGAGAUACUGCUUUUAGACAAUGUUCUAUGUUGAAAACUAUUCAAAUUCCUUCAACAGUAACAUUUAUUGGAGAGUCAUGUUUCGAGUGUUGUUCAUCUUUAUCUUCAAUAAAAAUUGAAAAUCCUUUUGUUGAUUGUGGAAACUAUUGUUUUAGUCAUUGUGUUGGUUUAACUUCAAUCCCAUUAAUAUAUAAACUUAGUGUUGGUAUCUUUGAAUAUUGUGAAUCGCUUCAAUACAUUUCAUUAUUGGAUGGUGUUAAAGAACUUUCUUCUGGUUGUUUUAGUCAUUGUAUUUCUCUUAAAGAUAUUUCAAUUCCACAUAGUGUGACAACAAUAAGAAGAUAUUGCUUCAGUGAAUGUUUCUCUCUUACAUCUAUAGACAUUCCAGCAGAAAUAAAGUUGAUUGAAUUAGGGGCUUUUUAUGAUUGUAAAAAUCUGAGAAAAGUUAUAAUGAAAAAUGAACAUAUUGAACUUGGAGAUCAUUUGUUUGAUGGCUGUACUUCACUUGACACUAUUUCAAUUAAUGGUGUUUGUAUUAAAUCAAUUUACAUGGAAACAUCUUAUUCACAAUACAAAUACUUUCAUUCAAAAGGAAUUAAUUGUAAAAGAGUUUCAUUAAGUCGAAGAGAAAGAAUCGAAAAUGGAUUUUUUGCUGUGAUGAAUAAAAAUAUAGUUAGAAUAGAUGAAUGUUGUUUUGGUGGGUGUGUUGAAUUUACUAAACUUACUAUUCCAAGUAAUAUCACCGAAAUAGGAUCUUUUUGUUUUAAAGAUUGUCUCAGUCUUCAAUCUAUUGUACUUCCGUCUUCAAUAACUUCAAUACCACCUUAUUGUUUUGACAAUUGCACUAGUCUAACUUCAAUUGAAAUCCCUUCUACUAUUAAAAAGUUUGGUGAUAAAUGUUUCAGUGGGUGUGUAUUAUUAAAAAAUGAUAAAAUACCUAAUGAAUGUUUUAAAACAGUUAAUAUUGAAGGGGUUGAAGAAAAUAAUAACUCUCAGUACAACAGUGAAGAAGAUGGGAUUGAAGAAGAUGGGAUUGAAGAAGAUGAAAUUGAAGAAGAUAUUGUGGAUGAUGAAUUGUUUUAA